AUGCUAGGGAAGAGGAAGAGAGAGGUCACGGUGGCCUCGAGGAAGCAGGCUGCGGCCGUCAAGGACGAGUCUACACUCGAUACAUCUGCCCAGGAUGCACAGGAACGUCUUCGGAAAUAUUUUGAAUCCCGCUUCGAACCUCUGGAAUUACCUGGCUCAAGAUCAGGGGCCACCUUGGAUGGAUCCAGUAAUGUUUAUAACACGGAUGACAGCGACCAGGGUGAGUGGGAUGGCAUUGAGGAAGAGGACAGUAGUGAAGACGAGGAUAGCAACGGGCCAGUGCCAGAGGUGGUGGACUACAGCAAAACACCAAAGCUGCGAACGGAGCUCGUUGACAAAGCUACUGUUAAGAAAUUUAUGAGCUCAAAACCGCCAUCCCUCCUCUCCGACUCUACCAAGCCGGCAACGACGGCGAAGACGAGAAAAGGUGGAGAAGAAGCUACCGAUGACCUGACGACAGAUGCCGCCAACCUCAAGAAUGACCUAGCUCUGCAGCGGCUGCUCAAAGAAUCUCAUCUCCUUGAUUCUGCAUCCGACCUCAACCCGACUGGUGUAAACAGGCACAAGGCCCUUGAUCUUCGUGCACAAACCGCCGGCGCCAAGACGUCCAUUUUCACGCAGAGUAACAUGCCAAUGUCUCACCGGAAAGGGAUAUCCGCAAAAGCUACACAAAAAGAAGAGAGACGACGGCGUGAGGCGCAGGAAAACGGGAUCAUUCUGGAGCGUCCCUCGCUUGCAAAGUCUAAGCCAACUGCCAAAAAGCGAGAGCGCGGUAUUGGCGGUCCGUCGGUUGGCAAGUUUGUUGGCGGAACUUUGAAACUCAGUCGUCGGGAUGUUAUGGCGAUUCAAGGCCCGAAAUCUAGCAAGAAGGGAGGCAGGGGAUCUGGAAAGGGAAAGGGGAAACGCCGCUAG